GCGGGACUGGGCGUGGCUGGGUCGAGGGCCGGGGGUGGGGCUCGGCGCGAGGCAGUGUGGGGCGGGGGCGGAACGCCGCCCGGCGGCGGGUCGGGACCUGUGUCAUCAAGCCGAGCGGGCGCUCGGGCGGGACAUGGCGGGCUGUGUUGCCCGGCGGGCCCUGGCCGUAGGCAGCCGCUGGUGGUCCCGAUCGCUGACCGGGGCUCGGGGACCCAGGCCGCUUUGUGCGGCCGCUGGAGCUGGGGUCUUCUCGCCAGCGGCAACCACGAUGACACGGAGGCACCUCUCGUCCCGAAACCGACCAGAAGGCAAAGUUUUGGAGACAGUUGGUGUGUUUGAGGUGCCAAAACAGAAUGGAAAAUAUGAGACAGGACAGCUUUUCCUUCAUAGUGUAUUUGGCUACCGAGGUGUCGUCCUGUUUCCCUGGCAGGCCAGACUGUAUGACCGGGAUGUGGCUUCAGCAGCUCCAGAAAAAGCGGAGAACCCUGCUGGUCAUGGCUCCAAGGAGGUUAAAGGCAAAACCCACACUUACUAUCAGGUGCUGAUAGAUGCCCGAGACUGUCCACACAUAUCUCAGAGAUCUCAGACAGAAGCUGUGACCUUUCUGGCUAACCAUGAUGACAGCCGGGCCCUCUAUGCUAUCCCAGGCCUGGACUAUGUUAGUCAUGAAGACAUCCUGCCCUAUACUUCCACCGAUCAGGUUCCCAUCCAACACGAGCUCUUUGAAAGGUUUCUUCUGUACGAUCAGACAAAAGCACCCCCUUUUGUGGCUCGGGAGACAUUACGGGCCUGGCAGGAGAAGAAUCAUCCCUGGCUUGAGCUUUCUGAUGUCCACCGGGAAACAACGGAGAAUAUCCGGGUCACCGUCAUCCCCUUCUAUAUGGGCAUGCGGGAAGCCCAGAAUUCCCACGUCUACUGGUGGCGCUACUGUAUCCGCUUGGAGAACCUCGACAGUGAUGUGGUCCAGCUCCGAGAACGGCACUGGAGGAUAUUCAGUCUGUCUGGCACCUUGGAGACAGUGCGAGGCCGUGGGGUAGUGGGCAGGGAACCAGUGUUAUCGAAGGAGCAGCCUGCGUUCCAGUACAGCAGCCAUGUCUCUCUGCAGGCAUCCAGUGGGCACAUGUGGGGCACAUUCCGCUUCGAGAGACCUGAUGGCUCCCACUUUGAUGUGAGGAUCCCACCCUUCUCCCUGGAAAGCAAUAAAGAUGAGAAGACACCACCCUCAGGCCUUCACUGGUAA